AUGAAGUUGCAAUUAAGUAGUUUAUUACCUUUGGCGCUCGUUGUUUUGGACUCUGCUAAUGCUGAGCCUCAUAGGAUCAAGUUACAAAAACAGGAGUUGACUGAUGAUAUAUCCAAGCUAUCUUUCGACCAACACAUGGCUCAUUUGGGUUCCAAAUACGUCACUGCGUUUGAAAAGGCUCACCCAGACACAGUUUUGUCAAGAGAUCAUCCAUUUUUCAAGAAUUUUAUCGACAAACAUUUCGAUGCUCAACAAAAUCAUGAAGUUCCAUUAAAUAAUUAUUUGAACGCUCAAUAUUUUGCUGAUAUUUCCAUCGGUUCCCCUGGUCAAACUUUUAGAGUCAUUAUGGACACUGGUUCCUCCAACCUUUGGGUUCCAAGUGUAGAUUGUAAUUCAUUGGCGUGCUUUCUACAUAAUAAAUACGACCAUAGAGUUUCUUCCACUUAUGUAAGAAAUGGUACCAGAUUCGCUAUUAGAUACGGAUCCGGUGCGUUGGAAGGUUACAUGUCGAAUGAUACUGUCACCGUUGGUGACUUACAAAUUCCAAAACAAGAUUUCGCAGAAGCAACGAGUGAACCAGGUUUAGCAUUUGCUUUCGGUAAAUUCGAUGGUAUCUUCGGUCUUGCCUUUGAUACGAUCUCCGUAAAUAGAGCGGUGCCACCAUUCUACAAUGCAGUAAAUCGUGGUUUAUUAGAUGCUCCACAAUUUGCUUUCUAUCUAGGUGAUAAGAGAUUAAGAAAAGAAGGUGGUGAAGUUACCUUUGGUGGUUACGAUGAAACAAGAUUUACCGGUAAUAUCACUUGGUUACCAGUUCGCCGUGAAGCUUAUUGGGAAGUUGAUUUUAAUGGUAUUUCCUUCGGUAGUCAGUAUGCUCCAUUAACUGCUACUGGUGCUGCUAUCGACACCGGUACUUCCUUAAUCACCCUACCAUCUGGUUUAGCUGAGAUCCUAAAUGCUCAAAUUGGUGCAAGAAAGAAUUGGUCUGGUCAAUACGUCUUAGAUUGUUCCAGAAGAAGUACUUUACCUGACAUUACUUUCAACUUGGGUGGUUCUAACUUCAGUAUUGGCCCAUACGAUUACACACUUGAAGCCUCUGGCACCUGUAUCUCUGCCAUUGUCCCAAUGGACUUCCCAGAGCCAGUUGGUCCAUUAGCCAUUAUUGGUGAUGCCUUCUUACGUAGAUGGUAUUCAGUCUAUGAUUUAGGUAACAGUACAACCAACAGUACCGUCGGUUUAGCCGAAGCUUUAUGA